AUGACCUGGAAGAUUAUUCUCUCCACAUUCUCGCUUUACUUUGGCGCCAUUACUGUACUAGCCACAGUGCCGCUACAGGACGAGCCGCCAUUCUCCGUGUAUAGAUCAGUCAACGUCGUUACCACGCUUGGACUACUGGCCGUCUCGGGAGUCUUCGCCAGCAUGGCACUCUAUCGCGGCUUAUUCCACAGGCUGUCUGCUUUUCCAGGACCUUUCUUAGCGAGAUUCUCUAAUUUCUACAUUACAUAUCUUUCGGUCAAGAGAUCGCACUUGUACGAGGAAGUUGAGCAGCUUCACCAAGAGCACGGUGACUUCGUGCGCAUUGGGCCAUCAGAGCUGUCUAUAGCUGAUCCGGAGGCAGUCAUGGCAAUUCACGGCCCCAAGUCUACAUGUGCCAAGGGCCCCUGGUAUACCAUCAACAAUCCCAUGAUAUCGCUCCAGAUGAUCAGAAGCAAGCCACAUCACGUGCAACGCCGGCGGAUAUGGGACCGUGGUUUCAGCGCAAAAGCCCUUCGGGACUAUGAACCCCGAGUCGUCGAUUACGCAGAGCAACUUCUUUCGCAUUUAGCAGCAACCGAGGGAAACCCCGUCAAUGUCACUGAUUGGUUCAAUUUUUACAGCUUCGACGUUAUGGGGGACUUGGCUUGGGGCAAGUCAUUCGGUAUGCUACGAGGCGGUGUAAAGCACCACUUUAUGAACUCACUGCAUGAGUUCAUGGCCACUGUUGGGGCUUUCGGCCAUCUCGUGUGGCUUCUUGACGUGUUGAAGGGCAUCCCUGUUCUAAACAGGGAUUCAAAGUCGUUCUGGGGCUGGAUACAAUCUCAAGUCACCGGAAGAAAAAGUAUGACGCCAGAUAGGCCCGAUGUGUUCUCUUGGCUUUUGGAAGACCACAAUAGCAAGCAACCUACUUUCCAGGAUGAGCUUCUUUUGACAGGAGAUGCCGCCCUUAUUGCUGUAGCUGGAAGUGAUACAACAGCAGCAUCUCUUACGUGUCUUUUCUACGAACUUUGCCGUCGGCCGGAAAUCAUCACGCGUCUCCAAAAUGAGAUCGAUGAGGUCUACGCCGUCCCUGAUACAGUAGACUCCGUGUCUUUAUCUAAACUGCCGUUCUUAAAUGCGGUCAUUAAUGAGACGCUGCGUCUUCACCCUCCAGUACCUUCGGGAGUUCAGCGGGUGACUCCUCCUGAAGGCCUUCAAAUCGGCAAACACUUUAUCCCUGGUAAUACUAUUGUUCAAGUUCCUACACACACAAUGUGUCGAGAUGAGAGAAACUUUGCUUCACCCAAUGACUUUAUUCCCGAAAGAUGGACAACGAAUCCGGAGUUGGUAAAAAAUAGUGCGGCAUUUGUGCCCUUCUCUGUCGGUCGUUACUCUUGCAUCGGAAAACACCUAGGCCUGAUGGAAAUCCGGCACGUCGUCUCGACUAUAUUGCGGAAGUAUGUUGUCAAAUUUGCUCCAGGGGUGUCUGCCGAAGCUUUCUUGGACGGCAAACAAGACAAUUUCACGCUAGCACUAGCGCCUCUGAUGAUUGUUUUCUCAAAUAGAGACUAG